AUUUCAUAUAGAUUAUUUUGCCCUGCUCUCAAGCUUCGUACUCAAUGCCUCGCAGGGAAAGUUAUUCUUGAGUCAGUUAUCUUAACAGCUGCUGUGGUUGUUAGUCUCACUUUAUACACGUUUUGGGCUGCAAAGAGAGGUCACGAUUUCAAUUUUCUGGGGCCAUUUUUAUAUGGAGCUCUUGUUGUACUUGUGCUGUUCGCGCUGAUUCAGAUUCUGUUUCCUCUGGGGAGAAUAUCCGUGAUGAUUUAUGGCGGCCUGGCAUCAAUAGUAUUCUGUGGUUACAUCAUUUAUGACACUGAUAAUCUGAUCAAGCGAUACACCUAUGAUGAAUACAUUUGGGCUGCAGUUGCACUGUAUCUAGAUAUCAUCAACCUCUUCCUCUCUCUGUUGACGCUUUUCAGAGCUUCCGAAAGUUAAGAGAAUUGAUAGUGAUCCCAAAUAUUAAUAUGUUUUUCUGUUUCAUAACUUGCCAACCUUUAUGGAUAUUGUCAUGCAGAAUGAGUUAGGAAAUGAAGUAAAUAUUGCUUAGUUUAUACUGCCUUGAGAUUUGAGAUUCUAUUCAAUUGUAUUUCCUGCUCUAUUUAUGAUAUAUAAAUUUGCAAGCUGUGUA